CAUGAUCAUAUGUAUCAAAUGAUCCCAAUUUAAAUGUGUGUUUUUAAUUUCUUUGAAAAUUAUAUAUUUUUAUUUACAAAAUAAAUUGGUAUUUAAUUUGCCUAUUAUAGUAUAGUACUAAACAUAGAAAAAUGAAGAAUUAUGAAAACACAUGGAGAAACAAAAAAAUCUGAAUAUGCAUGAGUAACAACCACUAAAAGCAAGUGGGUAACCCCAAUUUUAGCGGGAAAUAUCCACUAUAUAAACCAAUCCUCGCACCAUAAUGAAAAACAGAAUAAAAGCGGUUUUGUGCUUCUUUGCAUUUAAAUAAAAAAGCCCCUUUUAAUAAAUUUGAAUGUGUGUUUCGGUCUGGUUGUGUUGAACCCCAUCACCGCUAAUUAGGCUUCGACCCCAGACCGUCGGCAUUCAUCAAAAUAAAAUAAAAUAAAAAUCGAAAAAAAUCAAUAAAUAUAUAGAGAGAAAGAUGGUUCGCAAGAUGGGUUUAUUGUUCUUGUCGAUCGCAUUUGCGUAUGCUCUACCGAGCAUUAGCGCUAAUUUCUUAGAUUCCGACGAAUAUUGGGUCAAGCGCAGUGUGCAGGCAUGGAACAACACUCUCGAAUCCUACGAGCCGCAUCCUGCUAAAAUCGUCAGUCAUUUGAAUCUACAUUCCACCAGGGCACUAGAGGAAAUAAAAGACCUGGAAUUGGUUUCCAACAGUAGCCGUAGGCACUUAGCACACGGCUACGAUGGACCUUGCAUGGCGACAAACCCAAUCGACCGUUGCUGGAGAUGCCAAGCAAAUUGGGCCGACAACCGGUUCAGGCUGGCCGACUGCGGUUUGGGAUUCGGAUACAAGGCCAAGGGCGGGAAAGGUGGCCGUAUCUACGUGGUCAACGACUCCUCCGACAGCGACAUGGUCAACCCGAUUCCGGGAACACUUCGCCAUGCGGUCAUCCAAACGGAGCCACUUUGGAUCAUCUUCUCCCGGAGCAUGGUGAUCCGCCUCUCCCAGGAGCUGAUCAUGCAGAGCGACAAGACGAUCGACGGCCGCGGCGUGCGAGUCCACAUCACCGGCGGCGCCGGGAUCACAAUCCAGUUCGUGAAGAACAUAAUCAUCCACGGAUUACUAAUCCACGACAUAGUCCCCGGGGACGGGGGCAUGAUCAGGGACUCGGUCGACCACUACGGGUUCCGGACGAGGAGCGACGGUGACGGUAUAUCGAUCUACGGAGCGCAGGACAUCUGGAUCGACCACGUGUCGAUGACCAACUGCAGCGACGGGCUGAUCGACGCGAUCAUGGGGUCGACUGGGAUCACGAUAUCCAACGGCCACUUCACCGACCACAACGAGGCGAUGCUGUUCGGGGCGAGCGACAGCCACACGCAGGACGUGAAGAUGCAGAUCACGGUGGCGUUCAACCACUUCGGGAAGAGGCUCGUCCAGAGGAUGCCACGUUGCAGAUUCGGUUACAUCCACGUGGUCAACAACGACUACACCCACUGGAACAUGUACGCCAUUGGUGGAAGCAAGAACCCUAUCAUCAUCAGUCAGGGCAACAGAUUCAUUGCUCCCCCAGACAACCCUUUUGCCAAGGAGGUGACGAAGAGGGAAUAUUCGCCGGAAUCGGUGUGGAGCCAGUGGAUAUGGAGAUCGGAGGGAGAUAUAUUCUUGAGAGGAGCAUUCUUUGUUCAAUCGGGUGAUCCAACGUAUACAAGCAAGCACCCGGAGAAGUACGAUCUUAUACAGGCGGCAUCGGCCACUCAGGUUGAGAUUAUGACCAAAUUUGCCGGUGCUUUGGGUUGCAAAAUAGGACAAGUAUGUUAGAGAGAGACAGAGACACUUUAUACACUAAACAGAAACUGCAGUUCAAAUUUGUUUUUUUUAUUUAUAUUUUUUUUGUUUUAUGAUUAAUUCGUUCGUUGCAAAGAAGAAAAAAGGAUCGAAAAUCAUCAUCGCCAGGCACGGCACGGCUAAUUAAGGAAAUUCUAGAGCGAGCGAGCCAGCAUAGAGCCCCCAACAUUUUUCAAAUCCCUAUUAUUUUGUAGAGAUAUAUAGAAAUUGAAAUUUUCAUGUAUAAUUUACAUUUACGGCCUCUCCUUAGAAAGUUUUUCGGCGUACUUCAAAUCCUGGCUUCGCUAACUUAUGCCUUCUUUGAUGAUUAUUGAUUAUAGAUUUUUUCUUCU